AUGCCUCUGAGAGUGUCAAACAUUGAACUGAGAUGGGCAGAUGACGACUUGGUGAGAAAACGACUAAUCGAGAACGGUUUCGACCACGAUGACGCUCUGAAAAGUACCAACUAUUCCGAUCGGACGACUCAUGUUUAUGAAGGUGGUUUCAAGCUCGGAUGUGGUGCCGGUUUGCCUGGCAUUUUAUGUGCGUUGCGAGGCGCAAGUCACGUUACUCUUCACGAUUUUAACGAUUGUGUCGUGCAGUGUUUUACCAAAGAAAAUUUGCGAUUAAACGGUGUGGAGGAGUCGAAAUACAGCCUUGCUAGUGGUCCUUGGACCGACUUUCAAUCUACUGUUAAGCCGCGUAGGUAUGUUAGUGAAGCUUUAGUCUGCGAUUGA